UUGUGGAUCAAUUGUGGAAUUGUAGAUGGUUGGAUUGAUUGGUUUGCUAACCUAUAAGUAAAUUAAGAACUUUAUUACUUAUUAUUAUUAUUAAAAUAAGUUUAAGCUGUUGUAAAAUGCUUCCUCGUAUUUCUCACUUUUUUAAUGUUAUCAAACAACUUGAACGUAACAUAUUUCACCGUAUAUUUGGUGGCCCCCCAAGAGAAUUUGCAAUAGCUAAUGUUGCAGAAAAUAAAAAUACUGGUAUUCAUAGCAAGCUAUCAUUGAAGGAUAUAAUAGGAGAUGGCAUGUUAUUAGCUGUACCUAAGUUUAGACGAACAGUGGAAAAAAGAUUGAAGAGGAAAUUUGGUUCUCCUGAUUAUGUGUGGAAAAUGCUGGUGCCACAAACUAACAUCAGAGUAUGUCGAGAUUGUGGACAUCAUCAUGAAAAUGGGAGAUUGUGUGAGAACUGCUAUUCAAAAAUAAAAGUAGAAACUGAAGAAAUAAAACAAAAAAUCCAGGAGAAAUUAGGAUCUGGACCUAUUGAGAAAGAUGUCAUAGUAUUGUAUGAAGGAGACAACACUGAGGAACAGCCUCAGGAGUUCUGGAACGGAAAAAGGAUAAUAGAGAUGCAAAAGGAAAGACCACAGUGGUUCAGUAAGAAUCUUCUUCAAAAAACAACACAGCAGCCUUCUGACUCUACUGAUGUUAAACCAACUGAUUUAGCAUAAAUAAAUUAAUUUUGAAAGUGUAGUAGUAACUUAGUUUAUAGUCAAAUAGUCUAGAAUCUACAACAAUUUUUAAAUAGUAAGAGCCUAAAUUGUUCUAUCUUCCACUUGACAUCUCCAGAAUAAAACCAAAGGGCCCUUUUGGUUUAAUUUUUGAGAUAUCAUAAAUGGAGUUCUUAGUUGUCUCUUUAAUUAGUUUUAAAAGCCUUAACACAUUAUGAAUAAAAUUAAAUGAUAGUUCAGUUUAGACUCUAGUUGCAUUUAUGUUGUCACAUCCUAAGUUUGCCAGAUGUUGAUUCGCCAAAGACUUUGUAAAAUUAUUUACAAAUAAAAUGUUGCAAUAUCCUA